CACACCUUUUAGGCACAUUCCUUCCUUUCCAUCUCUUUUGAGCCUUUGCUCUCUUCGCACUUUCCCUCACCAAUUCCUAUCCACUUGUUAGCCCUAUACUCUUACUUGCUCUGACUGCCACUAUCCAUGCACAAACCUAACACCCGUGGCAUUGUUAUAGCCGCCGGCCUCUGUUCGCUCCUGCUGGCAACCGCGGCACCAGACCGGAUUAUAGAGCAUUGCUCUGGCGUUGGCUGUUCUACUGUAGUUCAGCUGUUGGCCCCCUGUGGAGGUGGCGCCACUAACGCAUCACUCCAACAGGAUCUCAUCUAUACCCCCACCGCAAGUCUCGGUGAAUGUGAAUGCAAUUCUCAGUUUUAUGAUGCAUUUUCUUCAUGCCUUACAUGCAUUGGUACUCAGGGCAAAAACUCCCCUGAGAUUCAGAAUCGGCAGGAUUGGAUAACCAAUUGCGCCGCCUAUGGUUUCAACUUUACCUCGACCCCGGUCACUAACUCAACUAAUAAUAAUAAUAAUAAUAACCACAACGACAGCGGUUUGAGCAAAGGUGCAAUUGUUGGCAUCGUUGUAGGUGCUAUCAUCUUACUUGCGCUAAUCGGAGCAUGUUUCUUCCUCAGGAAGCGUAGGACAAAGCAGGACAAGGCUGCGCUCUUCGAACAGAGCCCCACAUCUGGAGCUGGCGUUGUUACUACAGCCGACCCAAACUAUCAUGACCAGGAAUAUCCUUCUACUUAUGAUCACCAGAACAAUUACUAUCCUAAUCAACAGUCAUAUGAGGAUCCAUCAACUCAGCAACAAUAUGGUAACCAUAAUGGGCAGUACCAAUACGCGUCCGGCUACCAGAAUCACUAUUAUGAUAUGGAUGGUCACAACGAUAACGUGAUGAUGCAGGAGCUAGACCAUAGUCAUAACUCUAUCGGAGCUUAUGUGCCUCCUCCUCCACAUCCAGCCUCGUCUCCAACAGUAUCUACCGUGGGUGCUGGGGCUGCCGCUCACUCUGCCACAGUACGUCCAUCCGACUCGUUCCCUCAAAGCUUGCGAAGUAAGCCUAAGAACUGGGGUACUCAGGAACCGUCUUCAUCUCUUGCCGUUACAGACAGUACGCAAUAUAACGACAAAGCUGAGUUUGAUGAAUGCGAAGCAUUGGAUCCUCCACGGUCUAGGGACCGGUUUGUGAACGAUCGUGACGACUUUACACCCCGUCGUUCUAUGACUCCACCUCGCGCGAAUAUGCAGUCCUACCGUGAGGAGAUGAACCGAGCUAGUAUUGAACGUGAACCCAGGCUUAGUGGAUCGGAGCGAGGCUCAUUUUCACUAGCGCGUGGUAUGGAUUCCAACAGCAACUUGCACGGAGACCAUGAUCGCCACAGCGAUGAUCAUGGUCGCCUCUCUCAAGAUAGUCCAGAAAGCGCUCGCCGACGAGCACGUGCAGCAGAACUCUUUUCGGCGGAAGGUCGACGAUAAGAAUUGAACUCUAGGCAAUAAUGUGUUUUUAUAUUUUAUCCUCCAUCCUUACUCGUUUUAAUAUAAGCAACAUAUAUAUAUAUACACACAUAUAAAUAUUUAUAACCCUACAAUAUAAUUUA